AUGGAAAUUGUAGAUAUUUAUGGAGAUGAGGAGUCCGAGUUUGUCAUUCCCAUGGAAGAACCCGAGGAUCAGCCUAUGUCGAACGCGACGACGGCGACGACAAUAACUACAAUACCAGAUGAACCCUCACCAACCACAUCGAGCUCUCUUCCCGCCAAGCCACAAAGCUCGUCAGGGUCACUGUCGUAUUCCGCCCAGAUAGCACAGCAGUUCUCGUCGUAUCAGCAGACUCCCAGCCAAGAAAGGCAGCCUGCGCCCAAGGCAGGUCCAUCGUCAAUACCUACUAUGACAGACAGUAUCUUUGGAAAAAAGCCUUCCGAAAUGCAUGAUGCGGGGGAUUACUUUUCUCAGUUUGGAAAGGUCGAUGCGGUGACUAUUAUGCGAGACCCGUCAGGGACGUCGAGGGGUUUUGCGUUUUUGACCUUUGAAGAUCCGUCAGCAGUACAAGUUGUUACGGCGCAAGACCACUUUUUGGAUGGGAAAGCGAUUGAUCCCAAACGCGCGAUCCCACGUGAAGAACACCUUCGCAACACACGCUAUUUCGUUGGUGGUCUAGCCCCGUCGACAACGUCGGAUUCGAUGAAGGAGUUUUUUUCCGCUUAUGGUAAAGUCGUGGACGCGACGGUCAUGCUUGAUCGUGAAUCCGGACGGUCAAAAGGGUUUGGCUUUGUGACGUUUGAGGACGCAGCCAAUUCGGAUCAGCUGGUGGGUAAAAACCUAGUCCUGGACGAUAAGCAGAUUGAAGUCAAGACGGCGCAACCGCGGAGUCAGCGCGAACAAGCACGCAAUGCAAAUGCAGGGGUCGGCAACAUGGGCAAUAUGUCGUUUACAAACGCUCAGGAGGCGCGGCCGCCGAUGCCCUUUAUCUCACAGCAGCCAAACCCAAUGUCGAUGAUGUAUCAGCGGAUGCCCAUGCUCCCUAGUGGAAUGCCGAUGAUGAGCAUGAACCCAAUGAUGAUGGGCCAGUUCCACCCGAUGGCGGGGAUGGGGAUGAUGGGCGGGAUGGGAAUGGGGGCGAUGAACGGGAUGGGCGGGAUGAGGCUCGGAAUGGGGCCAAUGGGCGGGAUGAGUGGCGGGAUGGGCGUUCGCGGGGGCAUGCCUGGGAUGAAUCGGGUGGCCGGACCGGUGGGAAGAAUGGUGACGACGGGUGGGGGGGUCGGGCCGUCGCGGGUGAUGACGAGAGGACAGCAUAGUUUCCAUCCUUAUGCGCGGUGA